GCACGUUCAAGGUUGAAAAAUUGGCAUUAGUUUGAAUCGAUAGGUUGUCAUGGAGGGCGAUUUUUUAGAUACGGUUUUGCGUUUUUAUAAGGAGCAAAAAUGGAAAGAGGUGUUAGAUUUGAGUUUGGUGGAAAGUGCGGUGACGCGGAAAUUGGUGUGGGUUUGGCCGAGUGAAAAUAAUUUGUUGUUAAUUAAACAUAUUAUUCGAGAUUUUCGACUGAGUGGGGUUAUUUCGAUUGGGUGCGGCAGCGGUUUGUUCGAGUGGCUUUUGGAAAAAUAUAGCGGGUUUCCUGUGAAAGGGUAUGAAGUCAAUGAAAGUUGGUGGUUGAGCAAGUAUAGUACGCCCCAAUUUAUUAAAUUAAAUUUCCCGGAACUACCCCCUACUCCGGAUAUUUUGGAACCAAAUUACGCUCUGUUGUUUUGUUAUUUUAACGAUGGAGACGCUUUUCGGGAGUACAUUAGGUGCUAUGAGGGAGAUUUCGUGUUUAUAAUUGGUCCAGGACUGGGGGCUGGGCGCCACACAGACCCCGAACCUUUCAACCCCAAUUUCGGGUCACCUGAUUGGCUUCUAUACAAGAGUCAGGAAGUCAGAGAUACUAAAGACUUUAUAGCAGUAUAUGCCAGGCUAAGAACAAUAAAUAAUCCUCAUCAAUAACAAUAAAAAUUUAUUUUAA